CAAGCCCCGACAACUUGCGCCAAACGUUAUUUUCCCUCGCGGCUCUCAAAUAGCAGUGCCAAUACCGUAUUCGGUAUCAUAGACCCCGAAAAACAGUCAUGACCGCACACAAAGAAGAUGCGGGAACCAGCCGACGGAGCAGUCUCGCCUCAACUGGCGGGCAACCCACCCUCUUCGACGCCGAGGAGUACGAAAGCCAGUCCAGAAUCCGCAACAGCAAACUCUUCGACUCCACCACAGUCAAGAGCUUCGCCAUGUACUUCGGCGACGACAUCCGGCCGCUCGUCGCAACUAAUUCAACGUGGCAGCCUGUAGAUGUCCUGAUAUUGAAAUUCUCGUCCCUGCGAGAUUUGCACCUCCGCAUGAACACGGACCGCGACCCCGCCGCUGCAAAUGGCGAGGACCAGGCAUCGGAUGCAGAGCCUAAAACGCCGCGCGCGGACCGGCGUAAAUCCAUCGCGUCGUUCAAGUCGCUCAAAUUCGCGCGUAAUCGCAGCUUCGGAAGUGUCAAAUCGCUCAAAGGGAUGUUGGAUGAAUGGAGGGGCAAAUCGUCCAACUCUGCUGCGUCAGAGUUCUCGGUUCCGGCGUCAGUGCAUGAGGCGUUUGAGCAGACGGUUGUGGCGCGGACGCAACACAUCCUGGCUGCCGUCGACUUGAGGGAGCUUCAGCAGGAGUACACGACAAGCCGGUCGGCCGGAUCGAGUUUCGUUCGCUAUGUUGUGCAGCAUAUCAUGGAAGGCCUGACGACAAUGCCAUCCCCAAUUUCGGGAUUCUUGCUCAUGGGGAUCAAGGAGCUGUCUAGGACAAUCCCACGGUUUGAUUCCAAGUUGAAGAGGAUUAUCAAUUACCUGAAUGGGGAGGCUGCGAAGGAGUAUGCCAAGGCUCUCAUAUUCUUUGAUUUUGUCAUUGCCUGGGAUACUUUCCGCGAUCAUGUCAAUGGGUUUGUUCUGUCAAACAUGUACUUUGACCGAGAAGGGAAGCGAAAGAUCCUUUUCGGGCCCCGGAGAACAAAGAUAGCCGCACUCGUGAAGCAGCUCAGCGUCGAAAUAUCCCUGCGGACAGAUUUUAUGGUCCUGCAAUCCCACGCCAUCCCUCCAGCGCAAAUCUCAGCAGCCAUUCUGCGUGCCUACAUCACAUGGGCAUCGGUGAACGGCUUCAUAGCAUGGACGACACCAGACCCAACAUACCAGGUUCUGAACGACAUCAAAACCAUGGACCGCAUCGUCAUUCCAGAUGACGGAAUCUUCGAGAUUGCGAUGCAGCCUGAGGUCAUCGCCUGUAAAGAGAUGGUGUACACGCGCAUUGGGGAGCUCACGGCGGCCAAGUAUCAGCCUGUAAUAUCCUCGAGAGCAUGGGCCCGCGUCAAGGGUAUACCGACUUUGGCGUACGAUUUGCGAGAAGCGUGGGAAGUGGCGGAAAGUAAAGAGACGUGGAUCGGGUAUUUAACGGAGCUGGGCGGACGACCUACAAAGCCAUUGCCGCCGAGUACGGAUAUCAUCCAGACUGAUGAUUCCGACUUCCAAAUUCCGCGCUGGGAAGAGGCCGUGCACCAGCCGAUCCCGUGUGUCAACAACUUUGGAGUGGAUACAUAUGGGACACCGCGGCGAAGAGAGGUGUACGAGACACUGUCGUUGAGCAUGUUAGAGCUCCUUGACAAGAAACUCCUGGCGUCCGCAAAGUUCAAUGUUGAUCUGGUCAAGUCGAACGAUACCCACCCACCAUUGAUUCUGCCUGAUUAUGCUAACCUCCUCAAGACUUUGGAAGGAAUCGUCCACGAGCCAACGCCCGCAACACAGUGGCUGUUGUCGUGUACCGCCAAAGCCGAGACUGUCACUGGCAUCUGGGAAUUGCUGGAGGGUCUCAAACACGGUCGUUAUCACGUUUGGCUGCCAGUGAAUGUUGCGUUCAUCUUGUCGAAUGAGAGUCUGCCCUACACGCCUGUUAGCGGGAUCGCAAGCAAGCGUGGGGAGGACUUGCACUUUUUUGUCGCUCAAAGCGUGCCGUCAUACGCUGAAGUGGUUGUACACUUGUAUUUCAAGUAUGCGUAUGAGUGGUCGACGUCUCGUUGCAUUGUUGCUGAGGGGUUGAUUAGGGCUCAAGAGAGUGGUUCUUCGGAGAGGGUGAUUCCCAUCUCGCGGCGUUUAUGCUUCCAAGUGGAAGAUUCGUGCCCUUCAGAACUUUUGUCCAUCAUUCGUGAUAGCGACCGCGUGCUGAAGGACGUGCACGACAAUCGUGCUCUGAAAGGACGCGAGCGGGCUUACCUAUCCGAGGUCAACAAGUAUCUUUUCCAACUGGCAGAGUUUUACUUAAUGGAAGAGUCCGAAUACGUGAGUCGGCAGCGACAAGCGCUAAAAGCUUACUACAUACCAAAGAACCUUUUUGAAAAGCGCAUGCUGGCAUAUAUCAAUCAAUGCACCCUCAACUUCGGUGGGGACCAAAGCCUUGCGGCCGCCGCACGCUGGGUUCACGAAGAACUUGCUUUGCGGCCCGUCACUGAAAAGACUACGAGUGACGACGCAACGGACAGCUACAUGUUGUGUUACGUGUUCCGAGCGAUGUGGAAAGCUAUUCAGCGUGUCGCUUUCGAGGAUCUGCUGAUCCAGCUGCAAGAUACAAACCCCUUCUUCCUACCGGAAUCUGACCAAGUCGCGGUGUCGUUGGAGAUGGUCACAUCAAAUCCAAACCUACUGGCGGUCUUCGGCAUCAAAAGCAUGAUCAUGGCACAAGAGAUGCAUCCACUUUUGAGGCGCAUUGCGAUUGCGGACAUGGAGAAGCGACCAUUUGUGGCCUCACACCCAUUGGAUGCCGCUAAAGAUGUCGGUGGCGACGUGGAGAACCCCGACGCGGUUGAACUCGCUGAGAAAAACUCGGUCGAAGAAGAGGACGCACCCGGUGUCCUGAUCACUACACGUUCCGUCGCCAACUCGUUUAUAUAUGUGUAUUUUAUAUUUCUGGACAUAGCGCUCGGCUUGACCUUGAAUUCGGGCAUCUUCAGCACUUUCCGCAUGCAGGUGCAAGUACAGGAGACCAUCAGCCUUACACUUCUAAUCAUGUUCCCGAUCAUCGGUGGGAUGAUGAACUCUGUGGGACGUACUGUAUCAUACUACUUCUAUCAGAUGAGCAUGCCAUGCAUGGUGGCCGCGUUCAAUCGGCGUCUAGUUGCAUCAGUCAUUGUGUUCAUCGCAUUUGGACUGCUCUGCGGCGGCAUUACCGCCUACCGGACGCACGACUGGAUAUUGGCGGCUCUGUCGUGGGCGUACGCGGUUAUAUUCGGAAUCUUUAUGGUUUUGUUUGCAGGAUUGAUUCUUCUCCGGAAUCCGGAUGAUUAUUUCUUUAGAGGCCUUGGUCCUCAGGCAAUUUGCCAAGCGUGCAUAUUUCUUAUCCCCAACGCAUUCAUCUGCCGCUUCGUACUCGACGAUGAUACGAACCAAUACGUUCUAAUGAGCAUGUACAUUGGCGCCAUGCUGGUCGCCACCUCCUUCAUGGCGUACUCCUAUUCCACGUUGGCUACGGCCUACCUAGAAUGGCCAAAUACGGUCACCUUACCUUCGAAAGAUGAGAUUGUGGAAACUUAUGUCCGUCAACAUCCGCGACCGGUGCGCGUAGAGACGGAGAGCGCCGACGCGUUUGGACGACGGACGCGGCAUUGGGAGCGAUCCGCUGCUGAAUGGUUUGGAUCGCAAGCUGAAAACACCUUGAGGAAGUUUCAAAUCAAUCCGGAUCCGGUGUUUCGGAAGCGCUUGAAGAAUUGGUACUGGGAGUUCCAGUUGAUGACUUGGUACAUCAAACGGUCGGGGAUGAAGGAGCCCAAGGUGUUUUCGAGCGAAUGGGACAGCACUGCGAAACAGGCCGUUGAGGAAUUGAGAAAGAAGUAUACCGUCGAAAAGCUCAAUCGGGGAGGCAUCCUCUUCGAUAACGAGAUUUCCGCCAUCAUAUUCGGGUUUCUGUACUUCCUCAUGAUCUUUUCUGAUCGCUGGAGUGUGCUGAUUGCCACUGGCCGGCCGUUGUUCCUGCUGGUGUCUACAGGAGCGCAGAAAGACUACGUGCAGGGGGUCAUUGGAGGCACAGUCUUUCUGCUUACAGCCUCGGGGCUCCUCGAACUGGCGCUCUCAAGCAUCUUUGCUGGGCACAAAGAUAUGAAGACAGUGCCUCUCGGCAGCACCAAGGGCCCGAUGGAAAUCCUACUGGGUCAACGGCGGGCGCUACAGAGCAUAUAUGCGACCGAAGCAAGAAGAUUCGUGAUGGGCAUGUUCGGCAUCUGGGCAGUCAUCUCUGGCAUCAUGGCCGCUGUUGCGUUCUCUAUGCAAAGGCACGAUCUUUUCUGGAACUACUUGCUAUCUUCCGCAGGGUUUGUCGGAUUGCUUCUCGGGCUCUUUAACAAACUGUUCGUGAUCUCGAUGGAGGCGACCUUGAGCGCCUUCUUGGCCAUCGGCCUCAUCCUCGGGACCCUUAUCUCAGCCUUCAUGGUGAGACAUUUCGAUCGGACCGACUACUCCACAUUCGCUCUUAUCAUCAGUGGCUGGCUUUUUGCCAUUGGAUGCAUCGCAAGUCAAGCACUGGAGCGUAUGCAGAAUUUCUAUUACGGCCUGCAUAUCUGUGAGUGCCAUUUGAGUUCGGAUUGGCGCUUACGACAAGCCACUCACAAUACUCUCUCCAGCGCCUUUACUCACAACUUCCGGUCAGCGUGAAGUUGGAUAUCCGAUCACAAAGACUGACGGAGCGGCCCGGGACGAGCUGGUAGCAGAUCUUAUUGCACAUCGCCACCGACACAAUAAGUUUGACACCCGCUCUUACGUCUGCGACGAUCUCCGCGAGCGCCUCAAGUCAACACAUAAGAUGCUCAGAUCGCCAGGAGGCCACAUUUUAUGCACGGCCUUCCGAGGACUGGUGCCCAUUAUCGAAAGCCUGCUGGCGGAUUUGGAGUCCGGUGCACUUGAGAUUUACCGCACGCAGAAGCCAUUGAAAGCAGGUGUCACAAAAUAUUCUGCAGUAUCGGCGAAGGUUGAUCGGACUACCUUUAUCUUCCUGGCACCCCAGAACCCGCGCCUUACCGAUCAGGGAGAUUUGAUGACCAUUGUAGAAUCAGUGAUUCACGAAUACGUGGAGUGCAGGGACCUGCCACAUUCUACAGCUUGUGCUGCCGAGCUCGUCG